AUGUUAUCCCACUCUAUAAAACUGCUUCUCUCAAAAGGUAUCUAUACAACUACAACUACGAAUCCUCACAUUAAUUUCACUUCUCAUCAUUUGUCCACUUCCCUCAUCCCGUUCUAUAAAUAAAUCAGAGACCAACCCUGUAAAAUUAUCUCUCCAAAUUAAUUCUGAAGACAGAGCUAGCUAGCUAGCGCAGUGCAGAAAGAAAGAAGAAUUAAAUUUAAUUUGGAGAGAAGAGAUUAAGAAUGACGAUGAGUAAUGUGGUUCCACUCAUAGCCAUGGUGAUAGUGCAGUUUAGCUAUGCAGGGAUGAAUAUUACCUCAAAGCUUGCAAUUGAAUCUGGCAUGCACCCUCUUGUCCUUGUUGCUUAUCGUCAAAUCUUUGCUACUCUGUCCCUUGCUCCCUUCGCUUAUUGGUUGGAACGAAGUACGGCUCCUCGGAUGACAAUGCCGAUUUUUCUCCAGAUAUUACUAUCUUCCUUAACAGGAGUUACAGCAAAUCAAGUGUUGUACUUCGUGGGGCUUAAAUACACAACCGCUACAAUUACAUGUGCACUGACAAAUUUGCUACCAGCUUUCACAAUCAUCCUUGCUGUCCUCUUCAGACAAGAGUAUUUGAGCUUUAAGACGAAGGCCGGGAUAGCUAAGGUGUUAGGCACAUUGCUGAGUGUGGGAGGAGCCCUGCUUCUAUCAUUUUACAAUGGAAAAGUUCUUGAUCUAGGAGAGUCAAAGAUUCAUUGGGGAUAUGCAGAUAAAUUGAAUGGAACAACCUCCUCCGGUGGCGGAUCAAUCGGGCUUUUAGGCCCGCUUGCCGUAAUUGCUAGUACUUUUGUUUGGGCUAUAUGGUUCGUAGUUCAAGCAAACAUUAGCAGGAACUUCCCUGCUCCUUACACAAGCAGCUUCUACAUGUGUUUCUUGGCAAGUAUUCAGAGCGUGGUCAUUGCAGUGGGCUUUCAACACAAUCUCGCAGCUUGGUCACUUCACAACACUAUGAGACUCACCUCUGCACUUUACGCGGGAAUUAUUUCGACGGGGCUAACGUAUGCUCUCAUGUCAUGGACCAUUGAGAGGAAAGGUGCUCUUUAUGCCUCUAUAUUCUCCCCUUUGGUUCUUGUCAUCACUGCUGUUAUAAGCUGGGCUGUGCUUCACGAGAAAUUAUACAUGGGCACUGCCAUAGGUUCUGUCGUGAUAGUAAUUGGGCUCUAUUCUGCUCUGUGGGGAAAGAGCAAGGAGAUUAAAAGUGGCACCAUGCAAGAAACAAUCACGGAUGAUGAAAAGGAUGACAUGAAUGACCUGGAAUUGCAACCCUAUAAUCUUCCAAACCAUGCUUGUGCUUGAAGCCGUGAGAAGGAGGAAGUGGAAGGUAGAGAAUUCAAUACAGAUGAAGAGCAUGAGGAGUAUUGAGCUACCAUUUGCAUAAGAAAUUUCUGUUGUUGGUGAAUUUUUUAUUCUUGUGUCACAUUUGAGAGUGAUGAUCCCCAAGCCGUGGGAUAUAUGUAGAGCAUAGAUUAAAAAGAGAGGACACACAUAUAUCAUCUUAAAUAAUAUCCCUUUGAUAUCUGGUGGAAACGGGUCCAAUUUGAAUUUUACCCUGCUUAGUAAUAAGGUUAUUUUCAUUUUUUCUUUAUAUGAUCCGGAUGCUCAUAAAU